UGAAGAGACAGGGGGAAGUAGCUGGGAGACAGGUCACUGUGGUUGACACACCAGGCUGGUGGAAGAAUUAUUCUGUGAAGGACACUGCAGAGCUGGAUAAACAGAAGAUUGUGCGCAGUAUGUCUCUGUGUCCCCCGGGACCCUGCGCUCUCUUCCUGGUCAUUAAUGUGAGCACAGCAUUCAGAGAGGAACACAGGAGAACAGUGGUGGAACACCUGGAGCUUCUCAGUGAGAGAGUCUGGAGACACACUAUAGUGCUGUUCACCUGGGGAGACUGGCUGGGACAAACAACCAUUGAGCAGCACAUUGAGACUGAAGGGAGGGCCCUCCAAGAGCUCAUAGAGAAAUGUGGGAACAGGUAUCAUGUUCUCAACAAUAAGAAUAGGGCUGAUGGGACUCAGGUCACAGAGCUGCUGGAGAAGAUAGAGGAGAUGGUAGCCAGGAACAGGGCUGUUCCAUUCUCCAUAGAUGAGAGAGACAAUGAUGACAAAUUCACAGGGAAGAUGAUGGUUCAACGGAAGAGCUUUGAGGAGGAGUGGAGCAGAAGAGAGGAGGAGCUGAUAGAGAGGAUGUCAAAGAUUGUGGUUGACUCAAAUAAAGAGGGAUCCACACUGCCAUUCAAGUGGAGAAGCAGCUUGGAUAUUCUUCUACCUUCUUUGAGCGGAGGGACUCCAGCCCCCUCUGAAGCAGGCAGCUCUGUGUGGGAUUACCAAUCUGCUCAUGAGGUUUCCAGUAAGAAGGUGUCACGGUGGCUGAAAAGGAGUAAACCAGAGAGUUCAGCACCAUCUGGAUACGGAACACGGAGUUCUGUAGUGAGUGAAGCAGAGGAGCCUGACAGGGUGAUACUGGAAGAGGACAGUAAAAUGGAAAGAAUACAGAAGAGCUUUGAGGAGGAAUGGAGCAGAAGAGAGGAGGAGCUGAUAGAGAGGAUGGCGAAGGCUGUGGUUGACUCAGAGACAGAGGGAUCCACACUGCCAUUCAGGAGGAGGAGAAACAGCUUUUGAUUACUUCUUCCUUCUUUGAGUGGAGGGACUUCAGCCCCCUCUGAAGCAGGCAGCUCUGUGUGAGAUUGCCAUCCAGCUCUGAAACUUUCCAGUAAGGUGUCGUGUUGGCUGAAAAGGAGUAAACCAGAGAGUUCUGCAUCAUCUGGAUACGGAACACAGAGUUCUGUAGUGAGUGAAGCAGAGGAGCCUGACAGGGUGACCCUGGAAGAGGACAGUGUAGGUGACAUGCACACUGAACUCUCUAUGCUGCCCAUGUGGUGGAUUGUGAAACUACUUCAUAAUUUAUUUUUUUUCCAAAAAAUAGCUCAUUGUAAAUCGACCAGCCGCCUAAUAUUUUCACAUACAUUAACUUUUCAUUGUUUUUUAUUAAAACAUUUAUUUAAAAGUAUCUUCAUAUGUCUGACUACAGACAGUUUUGUUUGUGUUCAGUUGUAACUGAAAGGCCUAUUUAUAAUCAUUUGCAAGAAUAUAACCCAUUUUGAAAAAGAAUUCAUAUUCUGCGAUUCUUUUGAUGCAACCAAAGCCAGGCUGAUGAUUAUGGGCAUACCAAAAUACAAUUUAAAACUAUACGUAGUUACUGUUUUACCCUGUGUGAUGUGAUACCUGUGUGACGACAUAGUCAAGACAAAAAAUAUGUAACAAUUAUGUAACAUGAAUGUGUUAGAACCUUGGCUAUGCCCAUAUGAUCAGCUGACUGACAGGGAGUCUGCUGAUGGACACAUUUGGUCUCUCUGGGUUCCUCUGGUUACUGCAGCAUUAGUUCUCCCCAGUGGCUCAGUUUGCACACAGGCUACAGGAGGAGAGACACGCCUCUCUGCUCUUUCCUUCAGCUCAAUGCUCCUGGUGUGCAGGUGGCAUAAUUCAAGUGACAUACUGACAAUACUGUGUAUAUGUUUUAUUUGUGUAUAUUACAUAUAUUUUGGUACUUCAAGUAAUAGAUCCGCGACAAUUGUCAGUUUUAAUCAUUUCUGAUCUUAACUACACAGGAUAAGCGCAGGGUAUUCUAAGGCUUUCCCCAGGAAAAUAGUGUAAGGGGAAGUGCCUCAGAGGGUAUGCAGUGGUGGCUUCAAAUGGCAAGUCAUGAUAUUUGCAGGGUGUAGCCCAGUGAUUCCCAAACAUUUUUUGGUCAGGGCCCCCCUUUGUUAACCGUAAAAUCUGUAAGCAGCCCCCCCCUCCCCCCACACAAACAUCCUGUACUGUGCCUUAAUCCUUCAGCCCUCACAGUGUCUCCCCCACGGGUUCUACCCACCGCUUUGGCAACCACUGGUGUAGCCAACACCUGGCCUGGUGAAAACAUGGCUUCACAAAGCCGAAGCCAGUUUUGUUCAAUCGCACCACAUUUAUUGAACGGUUCAACGUAAGAUUAUGGAGGCCUGAGUCAGAGGUGUUAUUUAUUUGUCUCUGAUGUUUUCGGAGGUGCUCAUGAAUUCUGUGGAGGUGCAGCGCCCCCACCUGGGGGAAACCACGGUGUUCACAGGAACACAAAUCCUAUUAUGAAAUUCCUUGAUACCUUACUGAACUUUAAAGUGAGUGAAUUAAUCUGCGUAUGAAAUAUGCACAAAACUGAUGUGACAGGAUCUUUCAUCAUACAUUUGCAAUUUAAUAACUCUGACAGUUAUUCCGGGAAAAUAUACCAAGCUUAAAACCUAUUGUACUCUGUCCAUUUUAUCUUGAUUUGUACUGAUUUCUUGAUAAACUACACUUUUUUAUUUAUUUGCUUUAAAUAAAAGUUUUACUUGUA